AUGUCUGCUGUGCAUUAUAAGUUCUUCUCCAAGCUGAAGUACGAUAUAGUCACCUUCGACAGCCUCCACAUCUCCCUCCGCGACCUCAAGUGCCGGAUCAUGGGCCGUGAGAAGCUGAAGGCGGCCAACUGUGACCUGCAGAUCAGCAACGCCCAGACCGAUGAAGAAUACACAGAUGACAAUGCCCUGAUUCCUAAGAACUCAUCAGUGAUUGUCAGAAGAAUCCCUGUUGGAGGAGUUAAAGCUACCAGCAAAACCUCUGUUAGAAGUCGAACUAAGCCAGUGAGUGGAACAUCAAAAGCGGUAUGUAAAAUCACAGUCUCACUUUUUUACGUUUGGAAAAGGCACAGCAUUUUUCUUCAGGUUUGA